CAGCGGCUGUGCUGGGGAACCGCUCCCAGCACGCCGCAGGCUUGCCACUCCCCUUCCCCGCCCGCUCUUACACACGGGAAACUGAGGCACAGAGAAGGGACCUGCCCAAGCUCCCCAGCGAGUCAGUGCAGAGCCGGGAACAGAACCCAGCCAGCCUGACCCCUUGCCUUCAGUCUCGGCCCCUGUGCCGCCUCAGCUGUCAAGUGACUAAAGGUGGAGAAGUAGAAAUAUCUAUGGUGAAACACUUUAGAAUAGAUCUGGAUGAGAAAUAUGAAAUGGCUGAGAAGUGGUUUUUGAAAGAUCUGGAGAUGAUUGAUGGAAAAGAAGCGGACACUGAUAAUCCAUAUUUUGACAUGCACUUUGAGAAGGUCUACAGUUGGGAAGCAUAUAGCUGUGCAUCUAAAUAUGCCUUUGCUCGAACAUUAAACAAAUUGAAUUACAUGUACCUUAAAAAGGACUUGAAGAUUGUGAACUUUGAUAUAACCUACAUAAAUGAUGAUUCACUCUGGUCAUCCAACAAUGGGGACUGUUUGGUACUUAUGAAGAUAUGCUUCUAUGCCUCCAACCUUUUGUGUCUGUCCCUGUGUCCUAUGCCAUAA